AUGAGUUCCAGCUCCAAAUCCCAACCCUCUGCCCCGGUCUACAAGGUUCCGGGUUUGGACCCGGAGGAAAUGGACCGGGUUGCGGACCAAACCUUUCAGAGGUACUCGUCCUCCUCUGUCAAGAGAAACGGCAAAGGUGUGGCUGUCGUUUGGUUCAGAAACGACCUCAGAGUGCUGGACAAUGAGGCUCUUUACAAGGCUUGGAUUUCGUCCCAGGAGGUUUUGGCUGUGUAUUGCGUUGAUCCCAGGCUUUUUGGCUCUACCCAUUACUUUGGUUUUCCCAAAACUGGAGCAUUGAGAGCGCAAUUUCUCAUUGAAUGCUUGGCUGACUUGAAGAAAAAUUUAAUGAAGCGGGGUCUUAACCUGCUCAUUCAACAUGGGAAGCCUGAGGAGAUUCUCCCUUCUCUUGCAAAGGUUUUCGGAGUCCACACAGUAUAUGCCCAAAAAGAAACUUGCAGUGAGGAGCUAAAUGUCGAAAGAUUGGUCAGAAAAGGUCUGCAACAGGUGGUUUUACCAUCGUCUUCAGCGCAAUCCUCUGGGCCUAGCUCUACAAACAAUCCUAAGCUACAACUUUUAUGGGGUACCACUAUGUACCACAUAGAUGACCUCCCAUUCGACACCCUCAGCUUACCGGAUGUGUAUACGCAGUUUCGUAAGUCAAUUGAAGCGAAAUGCACAGUUCGUGGCUGCAUCAAACUUCCAGCAUCUCUUGGGCCACCACCCAGCAUUGGGGACUGGGGAUGUGUUCCUUCAUUAGAUCAGUUUGGACUUCAAUCUCCAAAUGUAAGUAAAGGAAUGAAGUUUGUGGGGGGUGAAAGUGCAGCCUUGGGCAGAGUAAACGAGUAUUUCUGGAAGAAGGAUUUGUUAAGGAUAUAUAAACACACCAGAAAUGGGAUGUUAGGACCUGAUUAUUCAACAAAAUUUUCUCCAUGGCUUGCUUCAGGAAGCCUUUCUCCUCGUUUCAUUGAUGAAGAGGUAAAGAGGUAUGAAAAAGAAAGGCAAGCAAAUGAUUCAACAUACUGGGUAUCGUUCGAAUUGAUAUGGAGGGAUUACUUCAGGUUUCUAUCAGCAAAAUAUGGGAAUUCCCUUUUCCAUUUAGGUGGCCCAAGAAAUGUGGAGCAUAGAUGGAGCCAAGACAAGAUUUUAUUUGAAUCCUGGAGAGAUGGUCGUACAGGGUACCCUCUAAUAGACGCCAACAUGAAAGAGCUAUCAACCACGGGAUUCAUGUCGAAUCGGGGAAGGCAGAUUGUAUGUUCCUUUCUAGUUCGUGAUAUGGGUAUUGACUGGCGAAUGGGAGCUGAAUGGUUUGAGACAUGCCUUUUGGAUUAUGACCCUUGUUCCAAUUACGGGAAUUGGACCUAUGGAGCAGGAGUUGGAAAUGACCCCAGAGAAGAUCGUUACUUCAGUAUUCCGAAACAAGCGCGGACAUAUGACCCCGAAGGCGAGUAUGUCGUGUAUUGGCUGCCUCAACUAGAAUCACUUACAAAAGAAGAAAGAAACUUUCCUGGAAGGGCAUAUAUGAAGCAGGUUGUGCCUCUCAAGUUUGGAAAUACCAGUAGGCACCAAAACCAGGACAAGGCCUUGGCUGCUAGAGGCACCAAUUUUGGAGGAAGACAAACAAAAGGGCAAAGGAGAUAA